AUGGUUACAUUCUCUGGGGAUGUUCCGCCACUGGUUUCGCACUCGGCCCAUCCGAAGCACGCGCUGAAGCUGGUAGCCACCGGCGGCGCGCUGUUCCAGUGCGACGGCUGCACGCAGAUCGGGGGCGACGAGCGCAGAUACCGGUGCGACCAGUGCGACUUCGACCUCCACAUAUGCUGCGCCCGAGCGCCGGCGGUCUUCCGGCACGCCAUGUUCGCGGGCAGCACGCUGACCUUCUUCCACAGCCCUCCGGCGAUGCCGCCGGGCUAUUUCGUGUACUGCGACGUCUGCGGCGACCAGGUGCUCGGCUUCCUGUACAACUGCAACGAGCACGACCUCUACAUCCACCCUUUCUGCGCCAACCUGCCGGAGCGCGUCGUGGAGGAAGAGGGCCGCGUGCUGGACCUUCACAGGGCUACCGGCCAUAGCUGCCGGCUCUGCGGGCAGGCUGGGCACCGCGGCCAGUUCUUGUCCUACCGCCUCCAAGGCGACAACGGUGAGUUUGACUACUUCCACGUCGCGUGCAUGAUGGAGGCAAACUACUGCGGCGACGGUGGGGUCGCGAGCUCCCCAACCACGGGGGGAAGGCCGCAGAACGCGCCGGCGACAGGACAGAUGGCCACGCCGCAGAACGCGCCCAAGAGGAGGACCAGCAGCUUCGGGCGCUUCUGCCAAGCCGCCGUCCUUGUCGCCAGGGUCAGCCACGCGGUCACUACUCUGGACCCGGUUGGGAUUGUCACAGCGGUUGCAUCACUACAGGAAGGCGACCAACUUCUCGGUUAG